CAUGAAACUCGAAAUUACCCUACUCAUUAGUUUCCCCGCGUUUCUCGCCAGAAGUAACAGCAAACCCCAAAUCUCCCUAAAACCCUAGUCUGAGAACUAUCAUAUAUUUCCAAUUCAAUCUCCGCCAUUGUUCCAGUCUCAGGUAUGCUCUUCAAAUCUCCUUCAAUUAAUUCUCAGAUUUUCAUAAAUUGUAAGGUUAGGGUUUGGACCCAAUUUACGGCCUCCAUUUCUAGCCUGCAAGUAGUGUGGCGGAAAGAUCACAAACUAGACCAAGCCAUAGAGAAUGAUAAACAGUGGAGGCUCUGUGCCCGGGUCGUCAAAGAGGUUUUAAACGAACCGGGUCAAGUAAUACCACUUCGAUACCUAGAAAAACGACGCGAAAGGUUACGUCUUUCGAUCAAAAUAAAAACUUUUCUCAGUCAAAAUCCGGGUCUCUUCGACACUUAUCUUGAUCGAAUCAAACCCAAAUCCGAACCCGUCGAUUUUCUUCGUGCCAGCGAUGGGCUUAGAAGGUUUUUAGAAGAAGAAAAAAGGAUUAUUCAUGAAAAUGAGCCGUUGAUUGUUGCGAAAUUGUGUAAAUUGUUAAUGAUAUCAAAGGAUAAGGUUAUUAGUGCAGAUAAAUUGGUACAUGUGAAGAGGGAAUUUGGGUUUCCAAAUGAUUUUUUGGUGAAUUUAGUACCAAAAUUCCCAGAUUAUUUUAGGUUAUCUGGGAGCCCUGGAGAGGGUAAAUCCUUUUUGGAGUUAGUUUCAUGGAACCCUGAAUUUGCAAAAUCAGUUAUUGAGAGGAGGGCAGAGGAGGAGGAGAGGGCGACAGGGAUCAGGGUUAGGCCAUCCUUCAAUGUCAAAUUGCCGCACGGGUUUUUUCUUAGGAAGGAAAUGAGAGAGUGGAUUAGGGAUUGGAUGGAGCUUGACUAUAUAUCACCAUAUGCUGAUGUUUCACAUUUGGAUCAAGCAUCUCCUGAAAUGGAGAAGAGGACUGUUGGGGUUUUUCAUGAGUUACUUUCACUCUCCCUCUUUAAGAGGGUUCCGGUGCCUAUAUUGGGGAAGUUCAGAGAAGAGUAUAGGUUUUCCAAUGCAUUUUCAAGUGUUUUCACUAGGCAUUCUGGGAUAUUUUAUUUGUCUCUGAAAGGUGGGAUAGAAACAGCAAUGUUGAGGGAAGCAUACAAGGAUGAUGAAUUGAUUGAUCAGGAUCCGUUGGUUGAGAUAAAAGAUAGGUUUCUUGAUUUGUUGGCAGAGGGUCAUAGGGAGAGUGCAGAGCAAUCGAGGUUGCAGAAGGAAGCAGUUCAGAAGGACAUGGAAAUGAUGUCAAUGAGGAUCGGUGAAUCGGAUGGACAUGAAUUUGGUGAACAGCUCUAAUAUGGAAAAAUUGCAGAACUUUUGGAAAAGAAGCAUGGUGACGGAGUUAAUCCUGUCGGGGUGAGAUGAACUAAGUCAAGUGUUAGACACUAAUCAAAUGAUGCUUCAUAUACAGCAUUUUUAAAGUUGUGCAGUUGAGAGGUAAUGUGGAACACCAUUUGAGGAGGUAUUUCACAACACUAUCCGGUGGUGUAUUAGCUCAAGCAUUUGUUUGAGAUGUAUUGGAAGCAAUGAAACAAGUGCAUUUUGUGCAAUGAAGAGGUAGAACUGAGAAUGUUUUGUCCCAUGUAAAGAGCAUUUCACCUGGUAACUAAUAAAAGAAUAGAUUAAUUUUGCUGAAUUCCUUAUGGUCCUUUUGCCUAGUUGCUCUGCUUGACUUGGUAGAAACUAUCUUUUAAAUUACUUUGGGUGUUGCAUUUUAUAAAAUUCUGUGCAUGUCUUUGGAUUUUAGCAGAAGUGAAUUGCUCUAUGUCAUUGAAUAAUUGAGGUCAUUGGUAGUGCAAAUUCAGCAUUUACAAGACAUUCCGCACUAAAAUGAUGGUGAGAAGAAACGGUUCAAUAUGAUAGCAAUUUCUGAAUUGGAUUUUCCUUGUCACUUACUAUUAAACAAGUGGGGUUUCAUGGUGUCAACAUAACUGAAUUGCUUCAUUUGUUUCAUGUGAUAAAUGUUCCUGCUUACAUGGUUGCUUAUCUUAAAGAUAGCUGGGGAAAUCUCUUCCUUCUUGUAUUCAGAUAGCCAAAAACUAAUAACUUCCUGCUUGGGGAAGAAGUCCUGCUUUACGGGCUUUCAACGUUAUCCUUUCCUUUCCCUCAUUUACAUGACAUUCAACACUAAAAUGAUGGUGAGAAGAAACAGUUCAAUAUGAUAGCAAUUUCUGAAUCGGAUUUUCCUUAUCACUUACUAUUAGACAAGUGGGGUUUCAUGGUGUCAACAUAACUGAAUUGCUUCAUUUGUUUCAUGUGAUAAAUGUUCCUGCUUACAUGGUUGCUCAUCUUAAAGAUAGCUGGGGAAAUCUCUUCCUUCUUGUAUUCAGAUAGCCAAAAAGUAAUAACUUCCUGCUUGGGAAAGAAGUCCUGCUUUACGGACUUUCAACGUUAUCCUUUCCUUUCCCUCAUUUACAUGACAUUCAACACUAAAAUGAUGGUGAGAAGAAACAGUUCAAUAUGAUAGCAAUUUCUGAAUCGGAUUUUUCUUAUCACUUGCUAUUAGACAAGUGGGGUUUCAUGGUGUCAACAUAACUGAAUUGCUUCAUUUGUUUCAUGUGAUAAAUGUUCCUGCUUACAUGGUUGCUCAUCUUAAAGAUAGCUGGGGAAAUCUCCUCCUUCUUGUAUUCAGAUAGCCAAAAAGUAAUAACUGCCUGCUUGGGAAAGAAGUCCUGCUUUACGGACUUUCAACGUUAUCCUUUCCUUUCCCUCAUUUACAUGACAUUCAACACUAAAAUGAUGGUGAGAAGAAACAGUUCAAUAUGAUAGCAAUUUCUGAAUCGGAUUUUUCUUAUCACUUGCUAUUAGACAAGUGGGGUUUCAUGGUGUCAACAUAACUGAAUUGCUUCAUUUGUUUCAUGUGAUAAAUGUUCCUGCUUACAUGGUUGCUCAUCUUAAAGAUAGCUGGGGAAAUCUCCUCCUUCUUGUAUUCAGAUAGCCAAAAAGUAAUAACUUCCUGCUUGGGAAAGAAGUCCUGCUUAACGGACUUUCAACGUUAUCCUUUCCUUUCCCUCAUUUACAUGACAUUCAACACUAAAAUGAUGGUGAGAAGAAACAGUUCAAAUAUGAUAGCAAUUUCUGAAUCACAUUUUCCUGGUUGCAUGCUUGCUUAUCUUAAAGAGAGCUGGGGAAAUCUCUUUCCUUCUUCUUGCAUUCAGAUAGCCAAAAAGUAAUAACUUCCUGCUUGGGAAAGAAGUCUUGCUUUACGGACUUUCAACGUUAUCCUUUCCUUUCCUCAUUUAUAUGACAUUCAACACUAAAAUGAUGGUGAGAAGAAACAGUUCAAUAUGAUAGCAAUUUCUGAAUCGGAUUUUCCUGGUUGCAUGGUUGCUUAUCUUAAAGAGAGCUGGAGAAAUCUAUUUCCUUCUUGCAUUCUGACAGCAAAAAAGUAAUAACUUCCUGCUUGGGAAAGAAGUCCUGCUUUACGCACUUUCAACAUUAUCCUUUCCUUUCCCGCGUUAUUUCCAAUAUUCAAUGGAAUGGAAACACUUUGCCUUCUCAAUUUUUGUCUGCCUUUUUCUGUUCUACUCACCAACAAUGGUUAUUCUGGAUAUUUAUCAUAAACAAUGCCUGAAAAUGUCUUUUUCUAUCUGAUUCACCAAGACACUGAAUAUUUAGUAAAAUUAUUGUUGGUCCUCUGGAUUUUUUUUGGGCUGUCUUUUUCAGAUUUUGAUAUCAGGCAAUUUUUUGUUGGGCUCUUUGGUUAGUGCUCCAUUUUAGGAGACUGCACUUUGGAAGGCAUAAGGCAUUGUGUUAGCACUUGCUAGUGCUGAAUUUUGGGUGUUUGCUGAAGGUCUGAAGGGUCAAGAAUCUCAUUAUUCCCGCUUCUGUGAAUGCACUUGGUGACAGUCUGGUUCACACCCUUAGCACUAAUAGAGGCCUACUUUAUAUGAUAGGGACUUUGUUAUUGCAAAAUUCCAUUGAAUGUAAGCAGAAGGCAUCUAGAAUUGCAUUUCUAUGUGACAUAGAAGGCGAAGUGCAUCUUUGGCAACACGACUGUUAAAUCGAUUUUGGAAUGAAAAUGAUUCGAAUUUUCAAUGUCUUCUCCUGGCAUUACGUUCAUCUUAGUUGUUUCAUACAAAUUGCUUGUACUGAUCAUAGUGCUACAGAAUCUAGAUCUUGGUAUAGUUGGAAGGGCUUUAGUUACUUAAUACUAUUUUAAUGAAGUUGAUCCAUUGAUGCUACUACAACAUCUUGGUGCUUGGGUUGAUUGAAAAUAUAGUCUAGGGUUCUUUUUUCCUAACUAGAAUUCUCAAUGAGAGUAAGGCAUAUCCCAAACAACCCUUUACAUGUGGUAGGAGCGAAAUAGGUAUUGAAGCACACGCUUAGAGGUUUAGUCACCACCUAACAAUUUGUCACAUAGAUUGGAUGAGGCUCCCUUUUAACCAUUUGGAAACCUAAACUUCUCCAUAAUAUGUUCUAAUAUACCAACUAAACUCUCUUUGCAAUUCCCAUCUCUUUUAUUUGCCACACAAGAACACCUAAAUAAGGGAAACAAGAAGUGUGUGAAUGCUCAAGUAUUUAAGUAGAAACAAGGACCAGUCUAGAGUUACAUGACUUCUUCCCCUCCUUGUUUCUUGGCACAAAUUAGCAUUAAGGGAAACAAGCAUGGAGACAUCCAAGAUUCUUAAAUUGAUGAUCCUGACAAUAUUACUGGUUCUCACACUGAAGGUGGAUUGCCAACUUAUGCCCCCAUCUCCCCGCCCGCUCUGCAUCUCCCAGUUUGCGCUAGUGAAUCAUGCAUGCGCAAUGCUACCAUUCAACCCAAAUCCGGCCCCAGUCCCUCCAUCGCCUGAUGAACCUGGUCAGAGUCAUGCCCAUAGCCCUGGUCAUGGUCAUGGCCAUGGUCACGGUGAAGGUCAUGGCCAUGGUCACAGCCACAGCCACAGGCAUGGAAUCAGGCACAGACACCAACAAUCCUCUGCAGAGGAGGCUUGUUGCAGGUGGUUGAAGGAGAUAGAUGAUGAGUGUGUUUGUGAUCUGCUAGCUCACUUGCCCCUUUUCCUUACGAGGCCCUCACAUUACUACACUGUUUCAGUUGACCCUUCAUGCAGUGUUACCUUCUCAUGUGGAGGGCGACUAAGGGCUUGAAUAAUAGCAUAUCUCCAUUGCCACAAGUGACUAAACACAACCAAAUGGACAAAUGAUCAUAUCUAUGCCUGCAUAAUUAUGUUUCAUGUCAUAUUUUUUAACUAUAGUAAUUGUCUUCUUCUUCUUCUUCUACUGAAUGUUCUCGGGUUUUCACUUGUUUCUCCUUUGGUCCUGCCUCAAUAGCUACAUGUAAUCCUUCAAAAAUAAAUUGAACCUUUCACUUGA